AUGACUCCUGAUAUUUUCCCUUCACCUGGCAAUCUGGCCAAAGUCUUAGCACUUGUAAGUCUCCUCCCAAACAUCUACAAGGACCCGGUUUCGUUCCACCCUGAACGCUUCCUUGGCGAUGAGCGGUUCGAGGACGAUGAUCGGGAGGCGUUGCAGCCGUUUCAUGUUGGGCCUAGGAAUUGUUUGGGGAAGAAUUUGGCGUACACGGAGAUGCGGCUUAUUCUCGCGAGGGUGAUUUGGAAUUUCGAUAUGGAGUUGUCGGAGGGAGGGGAGGGGUGGUUGGAGGGGCAGCGGCCGUUUAAUUUGUGGGAUAAGGGGCCCUUGAUGGUUAGAUUGAUGGUUAGGAAGGGGUGA